UGAAGUUGAAUUGAUACCUGAUGACCUAGAAGAAACACCGGAAAGAGAGAAGAAACACACCAACUUCACUUUGUGCAAUGUCUGUAACAUUCAGCUGAAUUCGGCUGCUCAAGCACAAAUCCAUUACAAUGGCAAAUCGCACCAAAAGAGGUUAAAACAACUCAGCAAUGGGAUGGUGAAAAAUGACACUGGUGGUACAUGCCAGAGCCCUGCUCUCCCAGCCUUGGUGCGGCCACCAGCCCCUCCUUUGCAGCCAUCGCUGGAUAUUAAACCAUUUCUUCCUUUUCCUCUCGACACUGCGGCUGCUGUCAACCUUUUCCCCAAUUUCAAUGCGAUGGACCCGAUUCAGAAAGCUGUAAUCAAUCAUACAUUCGGAGUUCCCCUUCCUCAUCGAAGAAAGCAAAUCAUAUCAUGCAACAUUUGCCAGUUGAGAUUUAAUUCCGAUAGCCAGGCUGCGGCCCACUACAAAGGCACGAAACAUGCCAAGAAGCUCAAAGCACUGGAAGCCAUGAAAAAUAAGCAGAAAUCUGUCACUGCCAAGGACAGCGCAAAGACUACCUUCACCUCCAUCACUACCAAUACCAUCAAUGCCAGCUCUGACAAAACAGACAGUACUGCAGGGACACCAGCAAUAUCAACGACAACUGUGGAAAUCCGCAAAAGCAGUGUUCUGACAACAGAGAUCCCCUCAAAAGUGGAGAAAAGCCCCACGACAGCCGCUGGCAAUAGCGCGUGCCCUUCCACAGAGACUGAAGAAGAAAAGGCAAAGCGGCUGCUGUACUGUUCGCUGUGCAAGGUGGCCGUCAACUCCGCCUCGCAGCUGGAGGCGCACAACAGCGGUACUAAGCACAAAACCAUGUUGGAAGCCCGGAAUGGAAGCGGAACUAUCAAAGCAUUUCCGAGGGCAGGAGUGAAAGGGAAAGGACCCGUGAAUAAGGGAAACACAGGCCUGCAAAAUAAAACAUUUCACUGUGAAAUCUGCGAUGUGCACGUCAACUCAGAAACCCAACUUAAACAGCACAUCAGCAGUAGAAGGCACAAAGACAGAGCGGCUGGGAAGCCCCCUAAACCGAAAUACAGUCCUUACAACAAACUACAGAAGGGAGCACAUCCACUGGGGAUGAACUCUUUCCUCUGGAAGUAUAAUCAUCAACAAACAAAUAAAAUCAGGUUGCCGAGUACCUUUGCGGAGGACUUUUUAACAUCCCAGGUCGGCCAUUUGCAGGUAAAAUUAGUAUUUUCAAAAGAACCUUCAAAGCCAUUGGCACCACGAAUUCUACCAAACCCCUUGGCAGCUGCAGCAGCUGCUGCCGCUGUGGCAGUGAAUUCCCCCUUCAGUCUCCGGCCCGCCCCUGCAGCCACCUUGUUCCAGACUUCUGCACUUCCUCCCGCACUCCUGCGGCCGGCUCCUGGACCCAUUCGGACCGCCCACACUCCUGUGCUGUUCGCUCCCUACUGAAUUCCACAUGGGAGCGAUUGUACUGCAAUAAUUUUUUUUUUCUUCAGAAAACAAAAGAGAACUAUGCAGUGUUUAUUUAUAGUUUAAAGUCUAUCUGAAGAGCCAGGACUUUUGAUAGUGAAUUGAAAAGAUUAUAAAAACAAAUUUAAAAAUCAAAAUAAAAAAUAC